CGCUCAGUCGAGGCGUGGAGUGUGCGGAGAGCGGUCGGUGCGUCGCGCUGCGUGUGCGCGUCUUGUAUAAAAGCCUUGCGCGCUCUCAAGCCGGUCGUACGACGGCCAAUGUUGUCAUCCGUGAUUCCCCUGUGCCGAGCCGAGCCGAGUUGACGGGAGGCGAGCCGAGCGGGUGCCGAGUCCUCCUCGCGCACGCAGCACAGAGUGCCCACCACCGGGAGUGACUUUAAAGUGCUGUCAGUGGUUUUUUAUUUCGCGAGUGAUCGCUAUUACUAUGGAGUCAUCGCCUGAAUUGUUGAUGUUGGUGUUCACGACGACGGCGACCUCCCUUGCGACGAGUGCCACGAAGCGAAGAUAACGAGGAAUACGCAAACAUCGACGAAAGUUCAAAAAAGUUUACAACGAAAAAAAAUAAAAAAAUAAAGUGCAAGUGCUGCAAGCUGUGAUGAUUAUUGGAUGAGUGCAACAAUAACAGCGACGACGACGACAGCGACGCCUUGGUGUUGGGAUUUACAACUCUGGCGACGAGCUCGGCCACUUUUCGCAGGACAGGUGAAAAGUUAUGGCUGCAUAAGUUCAAGAACCAUCUUUACCUAACAGACUGGGUGGAAAUAGAUGCACCUUGAAGAUGGGGGGCCUUACUGCGGCUGCUGAGCAGCAAUAUAGUUUGCGAUGGAAUGAUUUCCAUUCAAGCAUUCUGUCAUCAUUUCGACAUUUACGAGAUGAAGAGGAUUUUGUGGAUGUCACCUUGGCCUGCGAUGGGAGAUCAUUUACUGCUCACAAGGUUGUUCUCUCAGCAUGUAGUCCAUACUUUAGAAAACUUCUCAAAGCAAAUCCCUGCAACCAUCCAAUUGUCAUACUUAGAGAUGUCCAUGAAAAGGAUAUGGAAGCUUUAUUAAGAUUCAUGUACAAUGGUGAAGUCCAUGUUGGCCAUGAACAACUUCCUGACUUUCUUAAGACAGCUCAGACAUUACAAGUUAGAGGCCUUGCUGAUGUUAAUAACAAAGAGAACAGGAUACCUACCAUGAAUGAGUCAGCAUGGCCAAUCCCCGGAGAUGAUGCCCCUAGUAGAGAAUCUGCUGCUGAAGGUUCACUUUCCCCUCCCCCUAAUAAAAGAAGUCGAACAAAUGAUGAGAGGCACACACCUCAACACGACAGAGACUUAUCAAGAGAUCGAGAGAGAGAAAGAGACAGGGAGACAGAUAAAAGGGACCAAGAUCGAGAAAGAGAACAACUUAGAGAGCAGGACCGCGAUGGUUCCCCAGCUGCUCGCCGCACACCUCACCAUUUGCUCAAUAAUAGUGUUGGAUCUGAACAUCAUUCGCUUCUUGGCCAAGCUCUUGAAGGGGGUCCUCAGAAUAAGAAUGCUGAUUCGUCUGUCCAUAUUUCUUCCCAUUCGACUGUUGAUGAUGACGAGGAAAGUAAUUCAGGCAGUGACACUGGAAUGUCAGAAAGGGGAAUAAGUGGUUUGGCAGACAUGGUUCAUCCAAAAUCAGAACCUUCAGACUACAGUUUAGAGGACAACAAUGGGCAUGGACCUGGGAAUGGCUCUUUGACAAUGGAUUCACACCGAUCUCCAAAUUUUCCAGCUGCUUUACUUGGCCUUCAAGCAGGGAUUCCUGGUCUCCUACCUGGACCAUCAGGACUUCAUGCAAGUCAGGAAAACAACUUCGUGAACCGUCGAGGUCUGGAUAUGAUGCGAGUUCGAGCUACAGAUCCACGGCCCUGCCCUAAGUGUGGAAAGAUAUAUCGCUCUGCACAUACACUGCGCACUCAUUUAGAAGAUAAGCACACUGUCUGUCCUGGGUACCGGUGUGUACUCUGUGGCACAGUUGCUAAAUCUCGUAAUUCCCUCCAUUCUCAUAUGAGCCGGCAACAUCGUGGUAUUUCAACCAAGGAUCUACCAGUCCUUCCUAUGCCAUCUCCAUUUGACCCUGAGCUUGCUUCACGGCUUCUUGCCAAGGCAGGAGUUAAAGUCACAGCAGCAGAACUUCGUGCUAGAAGUUCCCCCACUGGUCCCCCAAGAAGGUCUGACAUUCGACUGGAUUUGAAAUUGGACAACAACAUGAGAUUCUCAAAUGCCCCCUCUGAAACUGGCAGCAGUAUUGGGCGAGGUGAUGAGAUGGACAUGGACCCUGAAGACCUAACUGUGCCUAGUCACAGGUUUGGAGGUGUCGAUAUUACAGCUGUUAGUCCACCUUUAAAUAGCCUCAAUCAUCAUCUCGAAAGAGAAAGGGAGAGAGACCGAGAACGAGAACGAGAGCGGGAGCGAGACAGAGACCGCGACCGAGGUGACAGAGGCGACAGAGGCGGUGGUGGUGUCCAGGCCACAAUCACCAAGAUCGGGCCUCCCUCUUCACCCAGACAUCACCCUCCUCCUCCUCUACCACCCACAUCACAGCACCAUCAGUUACACGGCGCAGUGAUGGCAGCCAAGUCUCUGGAUGCAGCAAGAAACAGAGGUGGUGCGCAGGAGCCACACACAGGUCCCCCGGGUUCAGGCCACCACAACCCCUUAACGGGCAGUGCCCUAUUGGACACAUACCUCCAAAUGAUUGCAGAAAGUGGUCUCGGACUGAAUCUCAACAGUGAACAAGCUGCCCAUGCUGCAGCAGCAGCAGCCGCUCAUGCAGCCAAAAUGUCUGCUGAACUCCGGAACAAAAACAACAAUGAAGUAGACGUUGAUCGUAAAAUUAUGAAUGAUGCUGAGUCAUCAGCUGGGGAGGAAGAAGAGUUCAGUGAGGAAGAGCGUGAGGCAAUUACUGCAGAAUAGGGUUUAUUUCACUGUAGACAUUUCUAUGUAGUAAUCCAUGACUUGAAUCUAUUUUAAAUAUUGCUGGAUUACUGAACCAAAGAUGGCUUUCAUAGAAUCUUCAACAGUUUUUUUUUUCCUUUUUAUUUCAUAUUUGAUUAUAUGAAGUAUGCCAGUUUCUACUGGUGAAUUCAGGGUAUUGUUGCUUGAGAUUCCAUCCAACUUUCCCAUCUUAUGCUGCCCACAAGGUUCCUACGGGCUGUGGUUUUCCUGCAGUUCUCAGAAGAUGUUACGCUGUUGUGGAAUAAAUAGUAUUUAUUUUGAUGCAUGUUAUGUGUCGCUAUGUUAGUCUCUGAUGUUGUUAAACUUUGUUGUUUUGUUCUGUCUUCUUGACAAUUUUCACCACCUUAUUGGAUGGGGAGUCAAGGUUUCAAGUUUGUUUUAGUGAUCUUUAUUUGAAAAUCUGUUUUUAACUUGUGUGCCUCUUAAUUGGUACACUGAUGUCAGUACAACUAUGCAACAAACCUCAGGGUCUCAAGAUAUUCUUGAUAUUUAUAAUAUAUCAUAAACAACUCAGGUAGGUUUUGAUGUUUAUACAUCAAACAACAUAACUUCAGUACAAUAUUGACACGUUGGUAUUUGUCUAGGAUUGAAAAUAGAUGUAAUUUGUUGCAAGCUGCAACUACGGUUAUACUGGUACAUAAAAUAGUUAAGGUUUUGUAUCGUUAUUAUUUUAUAGUUUAAAGGAACUAUAUGCAUGUUCACUCACACAAUGCAUACUUAUGAAUGUGUUUCUUCCUCAAGUACAAAGAUUUCAAACCGGGUCAGUUACGUAGUAAUAGGUAGUUGAUCUGUAUCAUAAAUAGCUGUGCACUUUUGCACUUAUUUUAUUUUGUUGUGGGAGAGGCUCAUUCCCCUAUUUACCUAUUUACUACUACCUCAGUGUGGAUGAAUGCAGACAGGGUGGAGCAUUUUGCUCCGAAAUACUUGCACAUUACACGUGCAGAAAGUCUCUUGAGGGAAAUGGGUCUUCAGAGAUAUCGCAGCUCUUACCCUUCAAAGGUCUUUUCUGGAAUACUCUUCUGAGGUAUUUUUACAGGUAUAUUUAUAUCUGAGUAUUCUUCAGAAUUAAACCUUAUUAAUUGUUAGUCACUUGAGAUUGGUAAGAGGCUGCAUUACAAAAUAUCAUUUCAUACGGGUAAAUGCAUUCCACACAUACCUUUCUCAUAGUUGUAGUCAGAGCGCUUCCGAGGGAUCUGAUCCCUUAUUCCGUUCUACCUCAUUCAUAACAUAAUGUGAUUUAAAGAGUCUCUCCUUUACCAUGUUUCUUGUGGAGUAUUAACCUGUGAUAUUACAGGUAAAGGCGUGAUAUACUCCCAACUGCUCAAACCACCCACCCUAAUACUGAGAUGGUCAUUGAGUCCCAUUCACAUUAUAUAUAUUUUUAUAUAUACAUACUUGUUCUUUUUAGUUUGCUCAUUCUGUAGCAAUUCAUUCCUGUCAUCUGUUGUGUACCUGUCUCUCAUGUCAUCUAGUAUCCCACAUAUGUUUUCUGACCAAACCUAUAAAUACUUAAUUGUAAAGACCUGUCAGAGGGCCUCCUCCACCUCAGCAAUGGGUGGGUUUGAAAGCAGCUCAUGCUGCUUUAUUUUCUCUCCUGAACUACAGAGUAUUGUUAUAUUAUUCAUAUCAACUUUCUUCAGUCAGAUAUUAUUCACAUGUAUACCGUAGUCAGGUAUUAUGUUACUCCGAUACAAUACCACUGUGUAAGCACUACCAAUCAAAACUGUUCUGUGAUUGACUAUUCAGUGCAUCAUUGAUGUACAAUAUACCUAACAAAUCCUGUAAUUGCAUUUGUUAGAUCAAACCCAGGGCAGCAUUAAGAUAUAUUAAAAGAAACGGGUCAUUUUUCCUUAAAUUUAUGAGUUGAUAGGUAAAAGAUGGAUUGGCUUGUUGAUAUUAGUAUGCGUACUACUUGAAAAAUGGAUUGCAAGAUGGGGAAUUUUCCAGCAUGCAUCAGUUAAGUGAGAUAAAGGUGUUCUUUACAUCAUGUUGAUAGAAUACACUAGGACUGUUGUUGAUGUUUUGUUGUUAAUUUGUUGAGAGCCAUCACAGCAUGAAGCUGUGCUUCACAAUAUUUGCUUCUGUAAAUGUGAAUGUGUGCUCUGCUUUGUUUGCAAAAAUUGCCACAUUUAUGUGUGCUUACUGGAACUGUUUUGUAUAGAUGACAUUGAAGAGAGGGUGCUCUUGUGUGUUUAUGUAUGAUGAUUUUAUUAAAAGUAAAUCAGAGAAAAUAUAUGUACAUAAAAAUUUAAUUGGAAUAUGGUUGAAAGAUUUAAAAAAUUAAGUUUGUUAGUCGUUCUAGUGUCUGAGUAGCUUUGUUGCCACUGUAGACAAGUUGAUGUUAGCAAACAAGAGGAAAAAUAAGUCUUGAGUGGAUCGUGGCACUAUAGUCCAGGUACUGUUGUGCCCAGUUAUUUAGUUCUAGUGCAUGUUGCAUAAUGGGGUAAAUCUCUUAUUGUUAUAAAUGCAUUUUUUUCUUUUUAAAUGUGGGGUUGUAUAAUACCAAUUUAAAACUCAACCAGCCAUAGUCUCAUUGGUAAUAUUUAUGCUCCCUGAGUGUGAAGUUGUUGCGAGCUUAUUUAUAAUAAAUACAGCAUUAUAGUACUGAGUGCCAUACUGACCAUUUACCUGUAAGGAAAACAUCGUAGUGUGUGUCAAUGCUGUGUUAAAACAUGCUCUUUAAAAGCUUUGAUAGGUAAUUUCAAACACAAGAAAGGUUCCUAAAGGUAGUUUGCAGUUCCUCAACAAAUUUUUGAAACUUUUGUAUUUUAUUUUUUUAAAGUUGUCGUGUUUUGGGAUUUUAGAAUUUGCAUCCAUCAUUAAUUGGUUUUGAUGAUGGUUGCUGUUGAGGAUCUGUGUGCCUUGAAAAUUUAAUGCUAUUAGAGCACUUGCAUUUAUUAGCCCUCAUAAAGCAUGAAGGUGAUAAGGCUGAAAUGUGGCAUGUUACGGGUAUUUUCAUGAUUCUACUCAAAUGUACGGGUUUUUCCAAAGAGAACCUAAGGAAUCAUCAGGAAAUGAAAUCAUCAGAAGCUAUUUAAAGAAAUUUGACUCUUGUCUUUAUUCAGUUUGAAACAAUGGGAAAUUUGGAUGGGUAGUAUUUGUUUACUGCUGUUUACAGCCAGACACUUGCCUGCUUCUUCAGGUGUUCACAGUUCCUAUCUUGUACCCUUGACAAAUCAUAAGAAUAGAAAUUUUUAUAGUGUAUGAUGUAGACAAAUGCAGUUUUUGCAUAAAUGCAUUGGAUAAGGUUACAUUUCUCAUUACAUAUUUUUCCAUUACCUGCCUGGGUUUCUAUGUUUGUUUCUCUGAAUGAUUGGAUUUUAUCCUGUAGUUUGUACUGCAUUAGAUUUAAUUUGACUUUUGUUUCCAUUGUGUUCAUAUUUUGAUGACUGUAGAUUUAUCUUUUAAUUUUGUAUAUGUCAGGUUAUACUAAGAAUUGUACAAAUAAUAGUCAUUGAAAUUGUUGCCAUUCAGAACAUACUACCUCAACCUUGUAUAUUUUGCUAUUCAUUAACACAACAGUAUUUUGUUUUAGUUCGCAUGGAAUAAAUAUUUCAAGGUGUUGUUUUCUGCUCCUGAAUCUGAGUUUAAAAUUAUUUUGUUUCUUUAACUGUCUAGUUUUGUACCAUGGUACAUAAUUUGGCAUUUCCUCCUUAUGUUUACCGUCUUUCAGUCAUGGUGAUUGGAAGAAUUUAAUUUAUUGUGUUUUAGUACGGUGGUGCAUUUUUGUGUGCAGAGGGAAAAUGUCUACAAAUGCUCACAAUUAUUCUGAAAUGGGAAUUUUCCCCACCCAGUCUAUGAUGCACACAGGUGUUCAAUCAAAAAACUAACAUUAAAUAGUAAACUUUCAUUUGAUGUGCUCUUGAUACCUUACCUCAUUUUUGAAUAAAGACAUUUUAAUGAGCAGUAUGCUGAAAUUUUAUCUGAUGAAUCUGUGAAUGAGUCUGAGUGAUACAGUACUUGCGUUCUAAAACAUUGAGGUUGCAGCUUAGCACAGUGUUGAUAUUGACUAUAAGAAGACUUUGGAAGAUGAAAUUUGUCCUGUCAUGUUUUGUGAGCUGGCUGCAUGUCAGCCAUCUGAUGAAAAGAGCCGACAUUAGUUGUGUUUUUAAAAAUUCUCACUUUGCCUCUCAGUAAUUUGUACCUACUAGGAAGACUGAAAGUUACAUCCCAUAUUUGUUACUUGUCCAUGACAUUGUAGCUCUUGUUUUUAUUCAAGUUUUAGUUACUGCUGAACUGAACUCUAAUUAUGUAGCCAUGAUCGGUUUUGUAACAGUUUUCUAAAUUUACGCAUUAAAAUUCUCCCCAGUGGUCUUUUUUUGUUGCUGUUUAUAGUUAUGCUGCCUGAACUAGUCAAAAUUUUAAAAAAUAGAAAUUUAUUGGUUCUUUUAAUGAAAGACAUUUUUUGUUUUUAUAUAGCUGCCUUAUAUUUUGUGUGCAAAAUAUUGGGGAUAGACCUAGACCAUGAAUAAUACUGCCCUUGUGAUAUUUUUAGAAGAUUGACCCAGUUACUUAAUGUGUUGAGAAAGUGAAAUUUUGUGAGUAUGCAUUAACUCUUCCCUGUUCAGCACUGUGCUGGCUGUCAUACUAAAAAUUCAGAAGAUGUUUGUUAGAAACUGAUAGUUUGUAUAUAUCUAUG